AUGGCAUCGCCCAUAAAAGUCGCGCGCUGCGGCCCCUCAGAUGACGCGGCGUCAAAGUCGAAGCCCUGGGGUCAUUGCACCGUGGACUUCCCACAGGCCAAACACUAUCGGACUGCCGACGAGUUUUUCGCCGACGUUGCCAUCGAGCUCGUCGUUAUCUGCACGCCUAAUCACCGUGAGUUUGUGGAGAAGGCGCUCAAGUCAGGGAAGCACGUUGUUGUCGAGAAACCGUUCAUGACCACGAGCGCCGACGCCGACGAGAUAAUUGAGCUUGCCAAGGCACAAGGAAAGGUCCUAACGGUAUUUCACAACCGAAGAUUCGAUAGCGAUUUUCGCACCUUGGAAGACCUUGUGAAGAAGGGUGCCCUUGGUGAUGUUCGAGAAGCCGACAUCCAUUUCGACUUCCCCUCACCAUCUUGGAUUGCCGGGUGGACCCAGAAGGAGUAUACCCCAGGUGAGGGCACCCACACGGUCGACCAGGCCCUGCAUCUAUUUGGGCGCCCAACCUCGGUAACGGGCUUCCUCCGGUCCAACCGCGGUGUUGACAGCGAUGUUGACGACACGCACACCAUUAUCCUACAAUAUGGUGGGGACAAGAAGAACCUGCUUGUGACUAUCAAGACAGCCAUCGUAUCGCAUAUGGAGAACCAGCUCCGUUUUUUUUUUGGCACUUGCCCUCAAGAAGAGAGGGCUAUCGCAGCGCCAGCCCAGCCCGCCAUAGAUCCGAACUUCGGCGUGGAGGACGAGCACAUCUGGGGUACCUUAACCACGACCACGGAGUUUGACGGCGCGUAUCAGACCUGCGAUGAAGCCACAGGCCGCUGGGUUGGCAAGUGCCCAAGCCUGCCGGGCUGGUACCGCGGAUACUAUGACAACGUGGCGGCGGCGAUUAGGGGACGAGAAGAAAUCUGUGUCAAGCCUGAGACAGCAAGGGACGGAUUAAAAGUCAUCGAGCUGGCGAGAGAGUCGCAUGCCAAGGGAGCCACUAUUCCCUGAGUCGACCGCUGGAUUAACUUCAAGUCGCGUAUGGGGCACAUCCUGAACCACUUCUUGGACGAAUACAAGACGAUGAAACAAGUGCGGUCUGACGGCAGCGCUGACCCUGCACUACGACCGGCUCCCUUCCUCAAUCGGCGUGGGUAG